GCACUUUGCAUGAUCUGCUGAUGGAGGGGGAGCACCCUCAGCAAUAUGUAAGGCCAAGGCCAGAAGGGUAUAUGAUAACACUGGCAAUGAUGCUUUGACUGGUGAAGACUAGGAAUAUUAUGUUGUCCGUUGAAAAAUUCCUCACACUGGUCUUGUUUCUGGCAAGCUACCUUUAGAAUGUAGGAUCCCCAUCAGAAAUCUCCUUCUGCCAGAAGACACACAUGUGCAAGUGAAAUCAUGAUGGCCCAGGUUGUGACCAGAUGGUUGGUUUCACUGUGCAGUGCCAGAGGUGAGAGUUUUCUUUUAUCAACAGUUACUUUACACAUCAUCUAAUGCAAGGUUCUCCCUUCCACUGGGUUGAGAGGAGAGUAGAAUUUUUUAAGAUACUCACCAGGUGGAGUUCUGAACACUGUCUCCAUGAUUUUAACCACAAGAUUAUUAUGAGACAAAAUGGUACAUAUCCUGAAGGGCUUCCAAUUGCUAUCAGUGGAAUUUUACAAGUGAUCAGCCAAAGUGAUCAGCAUCUUAUAGGAAUGAAUGCUGAAUGAAGCUUUGCCCCCUCCACAUGCUUUCUGUAAGAAUCAUACAAGCUAAGAACAUCAAGUCAAAAGACCUGUGGACAGGUCCACUUUCCUGCCAAAACCUUGCGGGGCAAUGUUAUUCACUGCUUGAUACCAGUCUGAAGUAUUUAGGCAUCUCGGGCUGCAGUAGACAUCUUCAGUCAAGUCCAGACUCCAGCUCUGAAAGACAUCACCCUGGAGAUUUCCUUUCACACCGUUGUCAAGCUUCACAAAUGACUGCAUCAGACUGCUAUGUGCGCUUGUGGCUGCCAUCUGCUUCAAAGGGAAAGCUUCAGACCAAAACCAUCAAGAAUUCUGACAACCCUGUCUGGAAUGAGACUUUCUACUUUAGGAUCCAGAGAGAAGUUGAGAACAUUUUAGAAUUGGCAGUGUGCGAUGAAGAUCCUCUCACCAAAGAUGACGUGCAGUUCACAGUUCUUUUUAAUGUUGCUAGAGUCAGACCUGGGGAGACAAUCCGCGAGACAUUUGCCUUGAAAUCAGAGACCGAGAGGUGCACUAGGAAAUGGGAAAGUUUGGAAGUGGAAUUCUGGAUGGAAAGAAUCCCUGGCCCUCCAGAGCGCCUCAUUACCAAUGAUGUCCUAGUGUCCCGUGAAGUUUGCUGCUUGGAAGUGCAAGUGGACAUUAAUGAAAGCAGGAAAUAUUUGAAAGAGGGUAAAAAUCUUGUGCUUAGCGUGCCUGCCUCUCAUGAGGGAACACAGAAGACUGCAGAGGACACAGAUACUUUCUACUUCCAUUGCUUGAAGGCUUGGGAGCCAAUUCUAAAAGUCAGGCUGCAGAAAGUUUCUGAUAAGGAAGAUGACAACAGCAAUUUAAGUGACACCUUAACAGUACCACUGAAAUAUCUCCCUGUUGGACAUAGAGUGAAAGUAACUCUCCCUGUAAGACAUAAUGUGCCACUGCAUCUGUACCUCCAACUUAAUGAUUGCACAGAAAAACUAGAUGUGCGUUUCGGGUAUGAUCUGUGCCAAGAAGAGCAACAGUUCUUGCAAAAAAGGAAGAGAGUGGUUGCCGGUGCCCUGAAAAGGGUUCUUCAUCUGAAAAGAGAUCUACAUGGACGCGAGGUCCCAGUAAUAGCUGUUAUGGCAACAGGCGGAGGUCUCAGAGCAAUGUCAGCAAUGUUCGGCCACCUCUUAGCUCUUCAGAAGCUAAAUCUGUUGGACUGUGUUACCUAUCUCACUGGGGCUUCUGGCUCAACAUGGACCCUAGCAGACCUAUAUGAGCAUGCUGACUGGUCACAGAAGUCUCUAGAGGAGCCACUUAAGGCAGUAAAAGAAAAAGUGACAAAAUGCAAACUCAAUCUUAUGUCUAUAGACCAUCUGAAGUAUUACCACAAGGAACUCACUGAAAGGGCAAAAGCAGGACAUGUGUCAUCUUUUACAACUCUGUGGUCGCUUGUUCAGGAAAUGUUCUUACAUGAACGGCCAAGAAAGUACAAACUCACAGACCAGCGCAGGGCAUUGGAGCAUGGACAAAACCCAUUACCUUUCUAUGCAGUCCUCAAUGUGAAAGACGAGAAGUGUGGUACUUUCAAAUUUAGAGAGUGGGCAGAUUUCUCUCCUUAUGAGGUAGCCAUACCAAAAUAUGGAGUCUCCAUUCCUUCAGAAUAUUUUGACAGCAAGUUCUUCAUGGGAAGGCGAGUGAAGAAGCUGCCGGAGUCUCGGAUCUGCUAUCUGGAAGGUCUUUGGACAAACAUCUUUACUAGGAAUUUGCUGGAUGGCUUGUACUGGUCCUCAAAUUCAAAUGAGUUCUGGGAACGAUGGGCCCAAGAUAUGGUAGAUAUAGAAAAACAUUCCCCUGAGGAUGAUAUCACUGUCAUCGAGCCUCCAUCCUGUUUGUCAGGGAAGUUGUAUGAAAUGUUUCAGGACAUUAUGACCAAGCGCCCACUACUGGGAAAGUCUCAUAACUUCCUGAGAGGCUUAGAAUUUCAUAAGGAUUAUAUACAUCAGAAAAAAUUUAUUGAAUGGAAAGACACUGUACUGGACGCUUUCCCUAACAAUCUGACACCGCUGCAGAAAUAUCUUUGUCUGAUAGAUGUUGGCUAUUUCAUCAACACCAGUGGUGCAGCACUUUUCAAGCCAGAGAGGAAUGUAGAUGUCAUUAUAUCCCUUGAUUAUGGUUUGGGGAGUGUGUUCAAGCAAUUAGAGAUGACGUACAAAUAUUGCAAGAUACAAAAUAUCCCGUUCCCCAAAGUGGAGCUAAGUGAAGAAGAAAAGAAGAACCCAAAGGAAUGUUAUGUCUUUUCGGAUGCCGAGGACCCCAGAGCACCCAUAGUAAUCCAUUUCCCCCUGGUGAAUGACACGUUUAAGGAAUUCAAGGAGCCAGGGGUAAAGCGUGGUCACUCAGAGAUGGAAGAAGGCAAAGUAAAUCUGGAGAACAGCUGCUCCCCCUACUACCUCAUUAGGCUAAUCUACUCCUCUGAAAAUUUUGAUAAACUUGUGAACCUGAGCAAAUACAACAUCCUCAAUAACAAAGACAUGCUCCUCCAGGCAAUCCAGAGUGCUGUAGAACGGAAGAGAAGCAGCAGGACUGGGAACGUCUCCAGCUACUCUGGAUACCCCUAGGCUGGGUUUUUGCACUGUUUCCUACUGAAGGCUAUGGCAGCACAUUGGAACACAUCACAGUCACAUUGUGACACAUCACAGUGUUCAUUAUUUGCAGAAAACUGAGGAAACCUGUACAUUUCUCAUCUUGCCUUGUUCAAGCUCCUAGCUUUCAAAAGGGUUUAUUUAAUCUUAUUCCCCCACGUUUUCAGCUCACAAGAGCCUCACACUGUGGUCUUACUUGUUAAGAAAUUAAGGUCCUGGUUAGCAGAGACCUCUCAGGAUCUCCCUGAUGUUAUAUGAUAUGGUGGUGCUAGAUAGUUUCUUGUAUGUGCCUGUCCUUUCAACCCUGAGCCCAUUAUUGAUGUCUUUUCAAUGCUUCAUUACAAACCAAGUCCUGGCCAUUUGCAUUCAGUAAUGUCCAGAUUUUCAGAUAGGCUGAGCAACUAGAAUUUGCACUGAAUUGGUGGGCUCAGCUUUGAAGUCAGGCCAAAAAAUCAUGCAUAUAUGUGUGAACAAUGUCCAAACUGCAACGUGGACAGUCACGUUCUGUCUGGCCUUGCUGAUUUAGAAGUUACUCCUUUUUUUCUGCAAGAGUUUGACACAGAAACGCUGCUCCAAACGCCACAAAAGGGGCAGUUACAUUUCAAGGAGAGAUGAUGCUAGCUGCAGUGAGUGAGUACGGUUCUUUUGAGCGUUGGCUGGAGGAAAAGUUCUGAAUAAAGCGUGAGUAAUUGCACUGAUUUAUACCAGCAGUGCCUUUAUGCAUUAAAAUGGCAAGAGCCUGAAACAAACUUAUGAUAGCAGAAGCUUGAGAGGAAUAAUUAGCAUAGACUCAAGUACAUUUAAUUAAAUAAUCAUGACCAAGCCAUAAGCUGGUGCUCCUUAUGGAUGUAAACUGAAUGUACGACAACAUAACUCACUAACAGAAUGCAUAGCCAUUAUAUUUUCACAGCCAGAAGAUUUUUACCUUUUAUAGUCUUCUAUCCCUAAUAUUACAGACAAAGUAUUUUUAAAAGGUGCUACACAAAAUAGGGCAUGAAUAAUAAAAAAAGGAAAUUCUCUAUCACGCCUCCUUGUUGGAGGAAAAUAUUUGGAAAAAUAACACCUGGUUUUCAUUUGCUUUGGAGUGCAGUGAGAGAUUUUUGC